UAGGUCGGCCCAGAGAGAGUGGGCGGGGUCUCACCCGACUCUGGUGAGGGAGGGUUGGCAGCACGCAGCCCGGAAGGGACACUUCCUCAUGUUGGCAGCGUCCUUGGCGCGCUGCUGCAAUGCGAUACCCACCCCGACUUGGGCUUGCCUCAGCACGUGCCAGCAUAUGAGGAGACCUGUGAGUCACAACUCCGAGCAGGACGAAGGAAGCGGCGGCGGCGGCGGCGGCGGCGGCAGCAGCAGCAGCAGCAGCAGCAGCAGCAGCCCCGAGGUGAAAACGGCUGCAGGUAGACUCCCGGCUGCAAGUCAGCCCGGCGGCCCACAGGUUGCGAAGGAGCGUAUAAGCAGUAAAGGGUUAACAGCGACCGAGAAGAGGAUCGUGGAGCUCCACCAAGAGGCAUGCGCAGCUGGACAGUCAAACUACCUGGAUCCAGUUACUGGCUCCUUCGUGUUCACCAAAUUUGCCCACUUGCAGAGGGGACAGUGCUGUGGUUCUUCCUGCAGACAUUGUCCAUAUGGUCAAAUGAAUGUUAAAGAUCCAUCCAAAAAGAAGUGGUUCAAUUCCUUUUUCUAUGCUUGACAAUCGAAGCUGUUUGCAUCCUACCAUGAAGACAGGAAAAAAUCAGUCAUCAAUCCCACCUCCUCCUUUUCAGCCCCCUGUGGUUUCCACACUUUGCAUAUUGGUGUUCCCUUGACCUUUGCUGUUCUGAAGCCUGAAUAUUUUUUCAAUUUUAAUUUUUCUUUCAAAAAACCCAUGUGUGUGCCUGUGAUAUUGAGCCAUUGACAAGGCUUUCCCUUUCUCUGGCAUUAUAAGCUGUUAGCUAUAAAGAGAUGACUGCUUUGCCUUCCAAAGUGUUGUCAGAGGCUGGCGGAAAAACCAGCCAUUCUGGGGAUAGCUUCGUUUUCCUUUAGCAGCAGGGUUUUUUCUACACUUUUUCCCCCUACUGCAUAAGCAGCCACCAGCAUGCCACCUAUCCCCUUCCCCUGCAGUUUUUGUAACCACAAGAACGAACAGGAAAGGAGGAAAAGAAAAUGAGAAAAUCUUUUUUGUGUUCUGUACUGCUAUGUAACAGUUGUAAAGCUAUGUACACUGUUUGAGUUCAAUAUAAGUGUCAAUAAAUGUCUUUGGCAAGUCAA